ACCGUUCUGCCCCUCCGGCGAGCCCCUUUCCCGCCCUCAUGGCUCCCAGCAACCGCCUCGCCGGAGCUCCCCCGCCGCCGCCGCCGCCACCGCCACCUCCUCUGCCGCAACCUGUGCCUCCGGGAGGAGCUACCGCGCCGUCGGAGAACCAUACGGCGGUCUCCGCGCCCCUGCUCCAGCCCGCGGGGGCGGGGGCGGGGGCGGGCGCGGACGCGGCGCCGCUGGCGAGGUGGCUGCGGCGGCUCGAGGCGUUCCUGUCGGUGGCGGGGCUGUCUGCGUCGAGCCCGCUCGGGAAGGCCGGCGCGGCGUCCGCGCUGGCGGUGUUCGGCGUGGCGCUGCCGUCGGUGGCCGUGGUCCUGUCCCCGUGCCGCGGCGAGGGGCGAGGGAGGGGCUGCGACGAGUUCGAGGUGGAGGUGUUCGAGGUGUGCGUGCUGGUGUCGCAGGCGGCGGCCGCGGCCGUCGCGCUGGCGUGCGUGUCGAGGAAGAUGGCCAUGUACGGCCUCCGCAAGUUCCUCUUCGUCGACCCGGAGCUCGGCAUGCGGAUCCGCUUCCAGAAGGAAUACGUCGCUAAGAUCAAGGAUUUCUUCCGCAUAAUUUUAUGGUGGAUAUUGCCAUGCUUUGCUGUGAAGGUCACCCGAGAAAUGUUCCGUUUCUCCUAUAUCUUCCAACAGUCGACUUGGAAAGCAUGUAUUGUACUGUUUGCUUCCAUCAUGUCAUGGAUGUAUUUGACCACAAUUAUACUAUCCUCCUGCAUGCUUUUCAACUUGGUUUGCAAUCUACAAGUUAUUCACUUCGAUGACUACGGCAAACUCCUUGAACAAGAUUCAGAUCCUUUAGUCUAUUUAAAAGAGCACCUGCAGCUCCGUCAUAAUCUCUCCAAAAUCAGUCACAGGUUCCGUAUGUUCCUUUUGCUGCUCUUCUUUUCUGUUACAGCAAGUCAAUUUGCCAUUCUUUUCAAGACAACAGCAUAUAAUGGACCAAUCAACUUCACUAAUGGUGGCGAUAUAGCUGUGUCCUCAGUUGUUCAAGUUGUUGGGCUUGUCCUUUGUUUGCAUGCAGCUGCUAAAAUUUCUCACAGAGCUCAAAACAUUGCUUCCCUGGCUAGUCGAUGGCAUGCCUUGGUAACAUGCUCUAGCGAUUCUACUUACAUAACCACACCAAAUAGUUCUGGGAACCUUGUGCCUUUUCCAGCACAUAUGUUCUUAAGAGAUUUUUCAGGAAGUGAUUUAGAGUCUCUGGAGAGUGGCUCGGUGCAAGGCAAUUCUCAUGGCACGGCUCAAUUGGCUUCAUAUAUGUCUUCAUACCACAAGAGAGAAUCACUUGUGCUGUAUCUGCUAGGCAACCCUGGUGGCAUCACGAUAUUUGGCUGGAUCGUUGAUCGGACAUUCCUAAACACAAUUUUGAUGCUCGAAUUAACAUUGGUACUCUUCGUGCUUAGCAAGACUGUUGUGGUCCCUGCCAAAACAUUACUUCUCGAUUACAUCAGGUUUCCAUGAUGGAGCUGUGCCAUCUUCAAACAAGUGAAUUUGAUUCGGACUGCUCAAUAUGGUCAAUUGAGGAUACACAUCAGAGGUUUCUGCUGCCAGUUCGUCACCGUUCAGGAAUCUGGUGGUGGUGGAUAGAAAACCUGGUCCUUCUGAGGAUUAAAUCAUCUGCUGGAUAGAAUCACAAGGUCUUUCUUGAGGAUUUCCCGGACAACUUGUUUUGCAGCUAAUCCACGUCUUGGCAAUUUUCCAUGAGAAACAGAUAGCGCAUCAUGUAAAUUUUGUCCAGUUGAUCACUGAGCUCAAAGGCUAUUUAGACUGUGCGCUGUGUAUAGAGCCAGCUUCCUCCUGUAAAGUGGCGUGGGCUUCUCCUCUUUUUGUUGUGCAUAUUAAAAUUUAGGGUUUAUAGAGCACAUGAUCGAUACUACAAUGGAAGCUAAAGUUUGCGUUGACAUUUGGGGUAGAAUGUUCAGAUGCAAAUUUUAUGUAAAUCUGCUUUUAUAUAGAAUGCGGAUCUUUCAUCCGAUCAUCUCACGGUAUUCCAAGCUCGUUGCAACACCUACUCUCCGUAUUCAUGGAUGGCAACUGACGGGCAUUUGGUUAAUUGAUUAGAGAAUUUAGAUAUGGCAUUUUGCCGUACGGUUCAGGUUCUUCUAUAUCAUCAACGAACAAUUUAUUCAGCCCAAGGACAAUCCAAUGCAAAACCUGAAUUCUUAUUAUCAAAACU